AUGUCAAACUCUUUCCUUUGUUUUACAUUUUUCUUUGGAACAAUCUUUUAUUCGAAUGCUUUGCAUUGCCCAAAUGAGUGGCAACAGUUUUUCAACGAAUCCGCUUGUGUUCGUCUCCUGAAAACGCCGCAAACAUUUUACAAUCUCGCCAACUCGUGUGCAUCACUCGAAUCCUCACAUCCAGUGAGAAUCAAAAAUGUCACAGCAAACACUUUUUUGAAAGGAUUAAUUGUCUCAGAGCUCAAUGAUGUUGAGCCGUUUAUCAGCAUUUGGAAGAAAGUUGGUAAUGAUUGGACCUAUUUUGAUGGGAAACCGCUUGAAUACGAAUGUUGGGCACAAGGUGAGCCCAUUUCAUCUCUAAACCACGACAUUUGCGCUGUUAUGAACUCGAAAGGAGAAUGGAAGACGAGUGAUUGCACAACGCCAAAACCCUACUUUUGCGCUUUCGAAAUUAAG